AGACCGGAGUAGCGACAAAAUAGAGUUGGCGAUAAUCCCGGAAAUCUAAAACAGGCAAAACUAAAAUUGAAUUAAAACAAGAACAAGACAGAUUAAAUAGUGACAUAAUAGGAUAUGAAAGCUAGAGCGGAAUCAAAAAAAAGGCUGGACUGGGAUAAUGACAGAAACAGUUCAGCUCCAGUGGCAACUACGACUUGGUUCAGGUACAUCCAAACGGCGGCAGGAACAACGCAGCAGCAGACGUCCCUCCAUGGCGUUUCUUGGCGGCAGAGGCGCGGCGGCCAUAGCAGCAGCAGCAGCGGAGUUCCAACGGCGGCAGAACGUCCCUGCGACCACUUCCCUCUCCACGCGCGUUCUGUUUCUCUCCCGGCGACAGAUCUGGCGGCGCGAAACGGAGGCACGAACGGCCGCGAUGGUGGCUGGGCUUGACGGCAACGACCCUUCCCGUGGCGGCUCUGGGUAGAACGGCGCGUCUUCCCUCUGUUUGCAAACCUCCAUGGACGGCAACGAUGAAGACCUCGACGGCGACGACGGCGACACGAGACGGUGACGCCUCCUUCUCCUUGCGCGGCUCUCUCUCCCUCGGUUCUGGCCUUCCUCGCGAUGACACCACGGCGGCGACGGUGGCAGUGACGCCCACCGGCGCCACCUCCCUUCCUUCCUCUUCUCUUCCCUCUCCGGAGAAUUUGUUGCUAAAGGAGCAAAUUCAGGUGCUGAUUAAGGAAAGAAAUUCUUUCAAAAAUGCGUUUAGAAUCCAGCAUGAGCGUUUUUCUGAAUAUGAUGAAAAGAACCAAGAGUUGCAGCAUUUGAAGCAGUUAGUAUCUCAAUAUCAAGAACAGAUCAGAACUCUUGGGGUGAACAACUAUGCUUUGGCAAUGCAUUUAAAGCAAGCUCAACAGAGCAACCCCUUUCCAGGGCAUUUCCCUCCUGAUGUCUUCUAAUUGCACAAUGCAAAUAUUAGGAAUAUGUCAUAAUAAAGCUAGCAAAGUAGCUGAAUUUUUUGGUUGGGUCUAAGGUUCUGUCAUUAUUAGUUUCUGAGGGGGAAGGUAGGAAUUGCAUUCCAUAUGUUGUUAUAAUUUGAUGUUGUAAGAUGUUUUCAGUUAAUUCAAUUAUCGCGGUUUCAUUACUCCA